AUUUUGUCAACCUGGAUAUUGAGUGUGAAAUAAGAAAAUUGAAACUGGUUAAAGUUUGUAUAAAGGAGAGACAAAUAAAGAGGACACAAAUUCAUCACUUUAAAAAAAAGUUGUCAAUGUUUUUUGAACAAACAAACAAAAUAAAAUGAACACAAUAAAAUAAGUGGUUGGUCAUUCCGUAUUACCGUAUAGUUUCCGAGUUUGGCUCAGAGUAUAUGAAAUAGGGUUGGUAAUUCCGUGCAGUUUUUGCCAAAAUGAAGUCUAUUAAAGGUGAGAAAUAGAAAUGGCAAGUGAAGAAAAAGGCAUCCCAAAAAUCUUGCACGCCCACCUCCUAGUCCAAAAAUGGCCACAAAAAAUCAUCCAACUGAUUCCCAAAAUGGGGAGUCUAAGGAAACACAAGUUAUAGUUGUGGUGGUACCAUUUCCUGCACAAGGCCACAUGAAUCUCCUAGUCCACAUGUCUAGGCUUGUUGCGUCCUAUGAUUUACCUGUUUACUUUCUCGGCUUGAGCGUGGACAUUGUCACAACCAAAGAACGCAUCCAAGGAUGGAACCCGAAGGAUUACCCAACUCUCCGAUUCCAUGAAUUCCGAUCACCUCUGUCAUUCCAAUCCCUUACCAACCCAACCAAGGAAUUCCAAUCCUACUCGGAUAUUGUGGUUUCCUCAAUGAGAGCAGCCACGUAUUUACGCGACCCAAUCAAAGAACUUCUUUGGGAGUUGUCGAGCCAAUGCAAGAGGCUAGUGGUUGUAAACGACGCCCUGAUGACUACGGCCGUGCAAGACAUCGUUUCGAUACCAAACGCAGAGGCUUACAACUUCUAUGUGGGCGCGGCUUUCCAUGACGCCUCGCUCGUGUGGGAAGUUGGGCGUAAAGUUCUCCGCGUGCCAUCAAUUCUUUGGAAGCUAAUGGGCAAGUUUAUUCUUCCAUCCGGGGCAAUAAUCCCAGACGGUCUCCCGACAACACAGAGCUGCUUCACACCUGACUUCUUGAAGUUCAUUGUGGACCAAAGAAAGGGAAAUAAUUUCUCCAAGGGUAAUCUCUACGAUGCUUGCAGAGCUGUGGAGGGUCCGUAUCUAGAACUACUCGCGAGAUGCUUUAAGAUCUUACGAAAAGGAAACGUUUGGGGAAUUGGGCCGCUCAACCCGGUAGUCACGCAAUCGUACGUAAGAGACGACUCAACAAACCGGCACAAUAGUCUUGAUUGGCUUGACAAAAUGCCUCCAAAGUCUGCCAUUUUCGUCUCCUUCGGGACUCUAACAAUGUUCUCUGACGAACAACUAAACGAGUUGGCAAUAGGGCUGGAACAAAGCGGGCAAAGGUUCAUCUGGGUUGUGAAAGACGUGCUGAGAGGGGCAAAUAGCAAGAUCAAUGUGCCCGAAGGAUACGAAGAGAGAGUGAGAGGGAGAGGCCUUAUUCUCCGAGACUGGGUCCCGCAGCUGGAGAUAUUGGAGCAUCCCUCGACAGGUGGAUUUUUGAGCCAUUGUGGGUGGAAUUCAUGCAUGGAGAGCAUAUGCAGGGGAGUGCCUUUGGCCACAUGGCCUAUCCAGUAUGACCAAGCCCGGAACGCCGUUCUGGUGACGGAUAUUUUGAAGAUUGGGAUUGCCAUCAAAGAUUGGGCACGAAGGGAUGAUUUAAUAUCGUCGGUGACGAUUCGUAAUGUCGUGAGGAGAUUGAUAGCGUCUGAAGAAGGAGUGGCGUUACGGGAGAAAGCGGCAGAAUUGGGCAGAGCCGUGAAGCAGGCUGCAAUGCCCGAGGGAGUUUCUCGAAUGGAGAUGGACAAUUUCAUUGCUCAUAUUACUCGGAAAACUUAAAAUUCUUUCAUACCGAUAAAUAAUACUCCCUCCGCCCCGAAAUAAAUGUCAUGUUUUCCUUUUCGGUCCGUCCCAAAAUAAUUUUCUUGUUUCCUCUGUUGGCAAUAAUAUGUGACUGAUACCAAUUCACUUUUUUCUACUCAAAUCUCAACCGCAACUUUUACUUUUUCAACCACUUUCUUACAACUUGUGCUAAAGCAAAUAAAACAUUUAUUUCGGGACGGAGGGAGUACAUAGUAAUAAAAUGCUGCUUGCUUAGCUUAUUGGGGUAUAAUUUGGCAGAAAUGUAAAUACACCACGCAUUAUAUGUACUCCCUCUAUUCCACAAAAUUCUUCCCAGUUUGACUUAGAUCGGAGUUUAAUAAUGGAAAUGUAUGGUUGUGGUUGAGUAAGACAAAAUGUAAAGGAAUGCUAAACAUACAAAACUUUUCAAAAAG